CGAGUUGCAGAGUGGCUCAGAGCGCAGCAACCAGCAGACCGCGAUGGAGUCCUGCGUCAAAGGUACGCUGUGGAUGAUAAUUACUCUCCUCACUCCACCUCUCUUCGAUUGCAACAAGAUUUGCCCUAGAGGCUGUCAGUGCCAAUCUCUUAGUCACAUUUUUUGCAGUGACCGUAAUGGCAGAGAUUUGCUGGAGGAGCUGAGUGUCCACACAUAUACUCUGCUGCUUGACAAGGCCAACAUGGAUGUCCUCGGUGAGAAGAGUCUGGAAAAUAAGAGUCUCCUACUACGCUUUGGUCUGACCAACAGCCACUUGCACACCAUCCAUCCCUUGGCAUUUCAUGUAGCUCCCCAGCUCAAGUCCGUCAAGUUGACGGACAAUGAGCUGUCAACUCUUCCCGCUCGGGUGUUCAGUCCUCUGUCUGUGGUCGAAGAGAUUUACUUAGAUGGAAACCAGCUUGAGGUCAUUAAUCCUGAUAUGUUUGCGGGCCUGGACGGGUUACUGAUUCUGGAUCUGAGCCGCAAUAAGAUCAGAGAUCUUCCUCCAGACAUGUUUGAAGGACUAAGCAACCUCUUUCUUCUGAACCUUGGCAGGAACAACAUAAAGAAGCUAUCGGCAACAAUUUUUCACAGCCUGACUAAACUUCAGCUACUGAGGAUGUAUUACGAUGAGCUUGAGGUGUUGGAACCGGGGAUUUUUGAUCAGCUUGAGAGUCUCAGUGUUCUGAAUCUCCAUCACAACCAGAUCAAAAAUCUUCCACCUCAUGUGUUUUGGUCACUGAAGAACCUGACAGAACUCACCCUGUCCUCCAACCAGCUGAAGGGUGUCCCACGCAAGAGCUUCUACAACAUGCCAAAACUUAAAAAACUUACAAUUUACAGCAAUCCCCUGCUAUCGUUGCCAGACGAACUCAUGGGCCACAUGCCAUACAUUAAACAGUUUUAUUUGUAUGAUACAAACCUCAACACUGUUCCUGGAAACCUGUUUGCUAACAUGUCUGGACUUCUGGAGCUGAACUUCCAUUUAAAUGACAAGUUGAGGUACUUACCGCCAGAUCUUUUCUGCUGUCUUCCCAACCUUGAAAAGCUCUCCCUCAGAAACAACAGUCUUCAGGAUCUUCCUCCCAACCUUUUUUCCGCACUAGCCACACUGAAAAUACUCCUCCUCAACGACAACAAAUUGAAGAACCUACCAGAGAACAUUUUUCAGAACCUCACAUCACUUGUUACCAUCGAUUUGAAAAACAACAAGCUAAACACACUUCCUGGAGAUAUUUUCUUGUCAAAUACAGACUUAAACGCUGUUACUUUGAGCGAAAACCCCUGGCACUGUGAUUGUGCUAUAAGAGAAUUUGUAAGGUGGGUCAGAGAAAAUGAUCGCAUUGUUCUUGACAAAGAUGAUGUGAUAUGUUACAGUCCACUGUUCAGCUUGCUGAGUAGGCUCCACACUCUGACUGACGACCAAUUCAGCUUUUGUGAUGAGAAAACAACAGGUAGCUUAUUUCUGACGCAAACUGUCUCAUAUGAACCAACUCAAACACCGUGUUACACUUCUGACACCCAAACUACGAAAUCAACCGCCUUAGAAACUACAACAAACUCAGCGACGGUUUAUACCUCAGCCUCCAGUCAGGCUGAUGCAACUCCCAUUGCCUCACCUGUUUUUCAUGAUUUACUGAUGGUUGAACAUGGACCUGACUAUGUUCACCACAACGUCCACAAACACUGGGUGUACGUGUGGUUUCUGCCGUCCGGUUCGGCUUUAAUUGGAUCCAUAAUGUUUUGUUAUGUCCUUCUUCUAGUCGUGGGUUUGGUGCUCAUUCUCGCUGCCAUUUAUGGGAUGCAUCGUCUUGGCACAGCCAUGGACAAGAUAAAUGCUGAGUGUGCGCAAAAUGAGGAGCACACCAUGUUAUCAGACUUGGUGCAUGACCAAAAUGGACGCAAAACUGAACUGCAGGAUCUCCCCGAGAUGUUGUUUGAAAACCUGCAGAAACUUCAGACUUUGAAUCUGAAAAAUAACAAGCUCUUUGCAAUCCGACCAAGAUGGUUUUCCCAGUUAACAGAGCUGACACAACUGGACAUGAGCAGGAACCGCUUCAGUUAUGCACCAAAGGAAACCUUUCAUGCCCUAAAAAAGCUGAAGUUCUUAUCACUUGCUUCAAACUCUGUAACUCAACUAUUCAGUGGCACAUUCAAGGGUCUUUCUGAACUAGCAAUCCUGCGCCUUAACAGAAACAUUCUGAAGGAGCUUCCAGCUGACAUUCUGAAUGACCUUGUUAACCUGGAGGAACUGAGUCUCCAGGACAAUCAAAUUACUCAUCUGGACCCUAUGCUGUUUUCAAAGACUCCAAAACUACAGAAACUCUUUGUCUCCAGCAACAGACUGAUGUCUCUUCCACAGGGGAUCUUUUGUAAUUUGCCUCUCCUCUCCCAGAUUUCUCUGUAUGAAAAUGUCCUGAAGAGUCUGGGUCCAGGGGUCUUUGGCCCAAUGCCCCUGCAGGAGCUGUGGUUGUAUAACAACAAACUAAGCAGUGUGGAUGAUGACACAUUCAGGAACCUGACUCAGUUACGACUUCUGGUUCUCAGUCGCAACCAGAUCAGCCAUGUAUCUGAAGGCGCCUUUAGAGGUUUGAUACAACUCGGGGAGGUCUCACUGCACACCAAUCGACUCACAAGCCUAAAAGCCAGAACUUUUGAAGAAUUGCCCCGUCUGGUCAACAUAUCUUUGGAGCACAAUUUUAUCACCUCCCUUCCAUUGGAUUUUCUGAAAGGCCUGAACAACGUGGGAGAAAUAGAUCUGCGGAACAACUCGCUUCCAAACUUGCCCCAGCACAAUCUAGAUUCACUUACUAAAGCAGAGAAUGUCCUUUUACAGCAGAACCCCUGGAGGUGCGACAAGAAUAUUUUGCCUCUGAGGAACUGGCUCAAACUAUACCCAUCCAAGGUCAACCAAACUCUUGUGGUGUGUGAGAUUCCUUUGAAACUGAAGGGUGAGAUAAUAGCAAUGCUUGCAGAUGAGGAUCUGAUGCCUGUCAGCCCUACUGAAGAUCCUGCAUCGGCCUCAACUGAGAAGAGGAGUCCCCCUACAGAUGUACCCAAACAAAGCUCGCCGUCAGCUGAGGUGUUGACCACACCAACAAUGUCAAGAAUGUUGAAUGGAGGGAUCAUCAUUUUCCUUUUAUCUUUACUGAUUGACUUUUCCAUUACUCAACCCGAUCAACAAGAGAAUCAGGAAGUGUAUGGUGUGUCUGCAACGGAAAUCCCCCGCACUCUGAGACCUGGUGUGACAGAGGUCUUCUUUGUGAACAGCCAGAUUCAUACAAUCCCCAGUGGAGCUUUUGUUGGAAGUCCAGACCUUGAGAAGGUGGAGUUUAUGGAAACAGGAACAAAUACAAUCGAGGUUGGAGGCUUUGAUGGUUUGAUGAAGCUCAAAAGUAUUGAGAUAUCCAGUAAUCCUUUGAGGUCAGUGCCUGUGGGUUUGUUUAAAGAAAACAGCAAUCUGGAGACAAUUAUUAUGAAGUUUAACAAGCUUGUUCGACUUGAAAAAGGUUUGUUUGAUGGUCUCACAAAGUUGGUAGACCUACAGUUACAUGGAAAUGAAAUUGAGUUCAUUGAAGACCAGACAUUUGACGAUCUCGUCAAUCUUAAAAAAGUCAAUUUGGGUAAAAACAAUCUUACUUCAGUAUCCACAAGCUGGUUCUCAAACCUGAAAAGUCUGACUGUGAUACGGCUGUAUGACAAUCAGCUCUCCACCAUUCCCGAGGAUCUCUUCAUGGACUUAACAGGCUUAGAGGAAAUAAAUCUCCAAGGAAACAUGAUCAGUGAACUAUCCCCAAAUUUAUUUCCACAUAAAGGAAAGCUUGUUAAAUUGUUUUUGGAAAAUAAUCUUUUGACUAAUUUACCUGAAGAAUAUUUUGUUGGCUUCCCUAAGCUUAAAACCUUGACCCUAAAAAAUAAUCAACUGAUCAGCCUGCCGCCGGUGCUUUUUGGUGAAAUGCCUAAACUGACUGAACUGAGCCUCCAACAAAACAACCUCAGCACACUUCCUAAGGGAAUCUUCAGCCCAUUGAAGAAAGUUAAGAAGCUGGACCUCUCCAAAAAUCAAUUUGUGAAUUUGUCUCCUGAUUACUUUGACGGACUUGAGAAGCUCACUGAUCUUUACAUCCAAGGCAACAUGAUAAAGUCAUUGGAUGCACAACUAUUUGAAAAUCUUCAGUUUGUGACCACAAUCAAGCUUGCCAACAAUGACCUUCGGACACUUUCUGGGGAUGUUUUUGACUCUUUGACCAAACUCAAAAAACUUGACCUUAGUAACAAUCCAUGGCAAUGUGACUGCAAUCUGCUAGAUUUUUAUCACUGGAUAAAAACCAAUGCUGUUAAGCUCUCAACAGGAGUUCACUGUGAGUAUCCAGAACAUCUGAAAGGACAGGAAAUUAAAUUGUUAAAUGAGGAUCAGUUAGUUUGCCCCACUCUCCCACCCAUUAUCACCACCUUACCAACCACUAUACCAACAACAGUUCGAACAACAGAACCGACGACCACUCUCACUACUACAACAUCCACCACCUCUUUACCAACCACCACACCAACAACGACACAGCCAACCACCACCACACCAACAACGACACAGCCAACCACCACCACACCAACAACGACACAGCCAACCACCACCACACCCACAACGACACAGCCAACCACCACCACACCCACAACGACACAGCCAACCACCACCACACCCACAACGACACAGCCAACCACCACCACACCCACAACAACACAGCCAACCACCACUACACCCACAACGACACAGCCAACCACAACGCCAUCAACCACUGCUACUUCCACCUCAGUACCAACAACUACAUCAACAACAACUGAGAGUACAGUUAUUACGACAACCCCCACAACUAUUGCCAUGACCACAGUUCCAACGACCACAACAAUAAUUACAACAACCAUGAUGACAACCACUCCAACCACAACCUCUACCUCAACAACUACACCCACAACAACUACCCCUACCACUAUGACAACUGCACCCACCACCUCCCUUACAACUGCCCUAACAACUUCACUUUCAACAACUACUAUAACAACAACAGCACUUAUGACAACCACCACAUUCACAACUGCACAAUCUACCACAAUGACUACUUUACCAACCACAACCACACUUACACCUACCACCACAGUGACCACAACGACACCCACAACACCAAAACCCACAACGACCACACUCCGGACCACCCUUACAACAACAACCCAACCAGAGACUCCGACUACAUCAACUCCUUUUGUAAACUCUACUUUUAUUCUAGAGCCAAAAUUGUCCUACGUUCAACACAUCAGCAGAAAAGUUCAAGAAUGCAAAAUGUGGACGAUGAUCUACACCUCACUGCUUGUGGUUGAGAUCACCUGCUCGCUGGUGUUGGCUAAAUUCACCAUUUCUCUUUAUUGGUUGUUGCAAUGCAGAGAAAGAAUGAACCACAGACUCAUCAAGCUCACUCACUUUUCCUACAGAAGAGAAGUGAUCCUGAAGCCUGUGCAGGAGGGAGAAACCCAACGUCUUCUGCAUCACUAUGAUAAUCAAUAAGCCAGCAGAGGUCAUUUGACUCAACAGUGCCUCAUUAAACCUGCUUCUUAACUCUUUGUCAAACUGGAAAUAAGUAGUGAUUCCUCACAAAAUUUUGCAGUGAUAGCUCCUUUAAAGAUGUCUGACAUUGACUGCUAAGUUGAUUUCCAAUGUUUCAUGUUUGUUGAUUUCCUUUGGUUAAAAAAAAAUCUUUUGAAUAUCUUAACUUUUAUGUAUGAUAAUUUGGUGAGUUGUUGAUAAUUUUAGCUUUUAUUUUUUAUAUAUGCUUGAUUGUCAAAUAUCAUUAUUGCCUUGUAUUUGUCAUAUUACUUGUUACUGUAAAUGACUAAAUUUCAUCCAUUAAGUCUGCAAUGUAAAAUAAUCGCUUUGAUUUUCUAUAAAUUAUUCAGCAAAUAUUGGAUUUGUGGAAAUAUAAAUAUGGGAAACAAAGAUUUUGCUCCAGAACACAUUCUUCAAACUCAAUGGUAAUGCUUUUUGAA